CUAAAAAGCUAGAGCUUGCUAUCUUUGUUUGAAGUUGUAUAGAAUUGGUCCAAUAAUAGCCAUGUCUGGUCUUAAUCUCAAACUCAGCCUCUUCUUCUUCUUGUCUUGUGUCCUUGGCAUUGUUUCAGCUCAGUUGUCUUCAGAUUUUUAUGCCACGUCAUGUCCCUUAGCCCUUACCACCAUUAAAGCUGCAGUGGCCUCUGCUGUCCUUCAAGAGGCUCGCAUGGGAGCGUCCCUUCUUCGUCUUCAUUUCCAUGAUUGCUUCGUUCAAGGUUGUGAUGCAUCAAUCCUUUUAGAUGAUACAUCAACUUUCACAGGUGAAAAGACAGCCUUUCAAAAUGUUAACAGUGUCCGAGGUUACGACGUGAUCGACAACAUUAAAUACCAGCUUGAGGUUUCGUGCCCCGGCGUUGUCUCCUGCGCCGACAUCGUCGCUGUUGCCGCCAGAGACUCUGUUGUUGCUUUAGGUGGGCCUAGUUGGACUGUACAACUGGGAAGAAGAGAUUCAACUACAGCAAGUUUAAGUUCUGCUAACUCCGACUUGCCGGCUCCCUCUUUGGAUCUCAGUGCUCUUAUCACUGUUUUCGCUAACAAAGGUUUCACUGCUAAAGAAAUGGUGGCACUCUCUGGAGCUCACACAAUAGGGAAAUCACAGUGUGCCAACUUUAGAACGAGGAUUUACAACGAGACCAACAUUGAUUCCUCGUACGCAAAGACUUUAGAAGGAAUCUGUCCGAGCGUAGGUGGUGACUCCAACUUGACGAAUUUUGACCCGACCACACCCGACUCGUUCGACAACGCUUACUUCAAGAACUUAUUGGGCAACAAGGGCUUGCUGCACUCUGACCAACAGCUCUUCAAUGGAGGAUCCACAGAUUCUCAAGUCACUGCUUAUAGCGACAACCUUGCUAGUUUCAGAGAUGACUUCGCCUAUGCUAUGAUCAAAAUGGGAAACCUUAACCCUCUCGUAGGAUCCAACGGUCAGAUUAGGACCAACUGCAGGAAAGUCAACUAAGUCAGGACCGAUCGACUUGAUAUUGAUGAUGGCUACGUUAAAAUGUGGAACAAUAAAACUAAUGAAGUUUAAAUUCAUUAGUUAGAUUUGGUCAUGUUUAUUAUUUUCAGCAGCGGUCACUGGUUAUAGCUCUCUCUAAAUGUAUGCUGUCGUGAAAUGUGUUGUUUAUUGUUUAUGAAGUGUUCAAAAUCCAAAAAUUGAGCCAAGCGUUUAAUUUA